CCAACCGUCAAAACUCGUGAACUUUAAAGCAAAGUGAUUGAACCGAUCGUUCGCUCCCAACGGGAAAAGCGAUUGACACGUCCCGCAUGCGACCUGAGCUGAUCCCGAGCCUGAUUCAGGAUAUCAAUUGAGACUAUUCAGUCAUUAUUCACUACUUCCAAGCUACGGGAACGAGCUGCUCUAACUGUUUGGGCGACUGAAACGUGAGAUCACCGCUGUAUUCGCGAGAUCCAACUGUUUGACGUCAGCGAUAGCCGAGGCGCGCCCAAAUCCAGCUUCUGACGCGUCUUUCCACCAUCGGCCCUCGGAUCCCACUCUGCAAACCGAAUAAUCCGCCAGUGAUUCCAGACCGCCAAAUGGCCAGCAGUGCAGAUCGGAGCGCUGAAAGUCCGGUGCCGGAGCACGCGGCCGGCGCUGAUGCGGCCGCUGAUGGUGCUUCUUCGCUCCCGCUUGAUCGCUCGGUUUCGACACUGGCGAUGCUCAAGGACUCGUUGGACUCUCGGCGGCGCGAGUCGCUUGAUCUCGAGCAGCGAAUGCCGCGCAAGCGCGUGGCUGUCGGUGUUUAUGGUUCGUCCGAGAGCGAGUCUGAGAGAUCGCCAGAGGCAUCGCCGCCGACGGUCAAUGCGAGUAUAGCGUCUGAAACUGGCGACGGCAGGCGUCGUCUGGCAAGUGUUGGAUCAGACGACGCCGAUGCGACGGCCAGACCGAUAGAAAUGCUUGAGAUUGACGAGAUGUCUUUGCCAGAGAUCGUCGAGGUGUCCGAGCAGUCUUCUUCCGGCAGUGAAUCUCCUGUCCGCAUCGUGCUCGACUCUGCAAUACCUACUCAGAUUGAUGACGCGGUGACCGAGAUUACCGCGUCAGAUGCCUACGAAGGACAGAGCAUGAUGGAACAGCUUAUCCUAGCACUAGACGACAACCGGCCUCUACCGACAAGCAUAGAGUCGUAUGUACUGCAAUGCAGACGCGCGUUCCAAUGGCAGAACCCACAAACUUUCCUGAACGACGUCAAUGAUUUCCUAUCUGUCUUCCUCGCAUAUCCUGACGAUGAGAAGAAGCACUACUGGGAGCUGGCGCAUGAGUUUUUUGAUUCCUUGCCGGAGAUCGCUUCGGACCUCUGGCACCAUAGUGGUCCUCUUCCUGCUAGUUUCUGGCAUGAGGCUGGAGUAAAUCUCUGUUUCGCUUUUUAUGUCAAUAUCGUUGACGUUGUUUCCUUUCUUUUAAAGCAAGAUCUGGCUCUUCUGAGGUCUAUGGAAACUACUUCCCCCGACAGCCUAAAAUCACCAAAAUUCGUCAAAGCUCUCCAUCAAUUCCUGGUCGACAGCGAACGCUCUCUGUACUCGCUUUGUGAAACGGCUGAUCCCGACAGUUACACUAAGCUUUCUGAUCUUGCGCAGGUAUAUUACUCGCACGGAGUUGUCGACGGGGUCUUUAAUAUCUGUAUAGAGAUCUUAAACGCAGAGAGAAAAGUCGAUGCGGAACUAGCCACCGCGGUGAUUCCGCACGUUGAUCUAUUAUCGUCAGUCGGUCUCUACAUGACCGCAACCCAACGUCUUCUCGAACGACACAAUUCCUCCAGCGAUAGCUCCUCGUCAUCUUCUUCUUCAGACCCUGCCGAGACAACUGGCCAGCAAACGCAGUUUGAAUUCCCACUCUCUGAUUUUUCGAAUUAUAUGCUACAGACCGAUGUCGCGCUCGGAAAGAUAGUUGACAGCCCCGACGCGCCAGAUCGGACUCUCCUGCUGUCAAUCGUGGGCAAGCUCACGGACCUCUUCUACAUCGUUAUGUUAUUCCCCAACAACGAACUGCUAAAGACACACCCGGCCCUCAUGCCUCUGACGAAAAACGCAGACCCGGACGACGUCGAGUCCGUUCGCAACUACGCCGUCAAGAUCCGCAAGUUUUACUGGUUCAUCAAAAUCUUCCAGUGCCCCAGGCCAGAGUACAAGUUGAUGGGCAUCAAGACAAUCUUGGGAGAACUACAAGCAGUCUUUCGCGAGUGGAGUCCUUCGCCGACGCCACAGGCAGCUGCUGUGAUAUCUUAUUACGCGACAUUGCUUUCCGCGAGCGGCUUUACAAAGUUUCUCGUCAGUACUGAGGCAAAUAGUACUAUAGUCGCCCAGUUUGGUAGUUCGAUCUACGCAUUUCUCACUGUCUUUUCGGUCAUUAGUGAGAAAGACCUCGCCAUUCUAUGGGACUCUAUGGUGUCUGCUGAGAAUCCGGUGAUGUUUAACGCGAUAUGCUCUAUCUUCAUCAACAUCAUUCACUGGUUACCCGAGACCUGGUUGAACUGGCUCAUUGACAAGCUGCUUGGAAUGCCUCUGACGACUCUGGAACCGACUGUGCUCAAGCUGAUCAAAGGAAUCGUCGCGGUGUACCAUUCGAACGCCGUUAAAGCGACAGAGGAGCAUGCUGCUCAAUCGAUCCCGAUGAAUCCGUACGUCGUGCUUCUGCAGGUUAUCAAGCGUGCUGGAAACGUCACUCCAGAAGAAGAAGCAGAAAUGAAAGUCAGUCCAACGUUGCUGGUCAACGUACUUACCAGCAGCUUCGACACGCUGAUGAGCGUCGCGCCUCAUACCCAGUCAAAAGCAGAACUGUUUGAGAGUCAUGUAACGUCCCUCAGAGCGUUUGGUCCAGACUCGCUCCAGGAUCUGACGUAUAUCAACUCCUAUCUUGAAAACUUCGACAGCGAAACGCAGCCUAGCCCACCACGCGAGUCGCCAAAUAUUCAGAUUCUCGUGAGCCGAAUGCGGCAGAUGAACUUCAGCGACGUUCUUGUCACAAAUAUAAAGAGCUGGUCUAAUUACUGCGUGAAUUCUUCGCCGUCGAUGAGUUUGUACCCGCUAAACGCGAGCUUGCGGCAGGACUGCUUGGUGAAAUUGCUGUCUCUCGAUCCACGGUGUAUCGCCGAUCGCACCGAAAUGGAAGAGUUAUGGCUGGCGUUGUAUGACAGGGAUGUCAACAACCCCGAAAUCAAAGACGCGUUCUGGGGGAAAUUAACCGCGCUCGCCAACGUUUUGCAGGAGCGCUGCGACUUUAUGGACUACUGUUUUGCCAAAAUCGCGACUCUGCCAAGCGACCGUCUUACGCCGGUGUGUGGCAGUUUCAUCAUCAGCUAUUUCAACUAUGAGUCGAUAACAGUUGACGAUGCCGAAAAGUUCGCUCCAGAAAAAGAUUUCUUGCUGCCUGGGUUCGAUACGUUUUGGCAUUUCUGUUUGAAGACUGAGGAUGAAUCCUGUCUUUCUCAAGUUUCGGAUAUUUUUAUUUGGUUGUCUAUUGAGGCUGACUUUGUCUCCACGCAUCCAACCGAGACAAUAGAGAAGUUUCACCGGUCGUUGGUUCGUCGGUGUAUUACGGAAAUUACCCUGGCUGGCAGAGAAAUUGCGACAAACGGCGACAAUGUUCAAGAAGCGGCUCAGAUCUAUACAAGAAGUUUCAAAUUUCUAGAAGCCUUCUUGACAUCUUACCGCGGCAAUCCUAGGUACGCUGUUGACCGAUCGUCAGCUUCGUCGACAGGGAACAUCGAGAUAGUAGGUGCGCAAGUCGAGUUUAGACUGCAGAUCACGUUUGGCUCUCCCAGAUCAGAGAAAUUUUAUCUGGGAGACGAGAACAAUGUGCUGGAUCUUUUCUCGAUGGUCGCCAAUGUCGUGGGAGACACGCAGUUCAGAGUGUUUGUGCUUGGCAGCGAAUUGAAGACGCCAGAUUUUAUGAGGACGCUGAAGGAUGUUGGGUGCAGAGAUACGACAGCUAUCAUGGUCGUCAGGGGUCCGCCUAACGAGGAUCCGAGAAUACAACGCCGCCUUUCUGAUAUUCAAGAACGAGCGAUGGAGGCUGAGAGUGCUACUGGCUCUACCGACAUCGAUGCCUCAAAGUCUGUGUUACUCUGGAGACCGCUACGACCUGCUGAGAUGGAGAUCAUGGGUGCAUAUGAGCAAAUGUACGAACUCCUUCUUCUGCCAGAUGAGUUUGCUAUUCUAGCGCUCGACUCAAUCACCGCAAUCGGGCCGGCGUCUUCAAUCCUUGAGACCUUCAGUCAGCCGAAGGAAGUCUUCGCCACCUGGGAUCAACUUUAUCCCUCUCAGAAGCCUUACAAGACCUUGUACUCGGAUUACGUGCUAGAGUGCGUCUUUUCGUUCAUCCAACAAGGCAAAAUGGACCGCGACACGCUGUCGGAAUGCUAUCAGUAUAUAGUCCCCCGCCUCGUGCAAUUUGCGACAGAGCCUGAUCUCGCUAUGAGUUCGGAUGUAUCUGUCCGCAACCUGGUUCGCCUGCGGCUUUUAGAGAGGAUCAAGGCGUUUUUGCGCGAGGAUUGUCAGUCAUUCACGAGGAACUUUAGUGUUGACGAGGAAAUCGGCAGUUUCGUCAUCAGACUGAUCAGCAUUGCCGAUGACACCGCGUCAGGGGUCGCUGAGCGAGUGCUGGAUAUUCUACUUCUCUCUGGAGCUAGCGAUGCUCGAUUCUGGAAGUCGAUUGCUGCUGCGGACGAGUGCAGGCAGCUAUUUACUCAAUGUAUGUUGAACGCGCCGAAUGUCGCAGUGCGAAGUUAUUACGCAACAGCUAUAUUGGAGUUUAUCCAAAAUGCCCUGCAGGAGGGUUCUACAGAGUCUGAAGACCACGCGGAGGUCGCUCUGUACUUCUGGAGUCUGGCUUGUGGGAUUCUUCCAUUGCCGAAUUCGGAUGCCGAAGAGAAGGCCGAGGCGCUAUUUAUUUUCUCGUCGGCUUUGCUCAAGCUCAUUCUGAUUGACACACGCGCUCCUAUUGAUGAAUACGGUUUGUGUUCUCUGUGGUUUUCAAUUAUCCGUGGCUGCAAGGUGAAUGAGACGCUCGAGAAAAUCAAAGAUGAUAGGAUCAUCAGCGGUUAUGCCCGUCUCAUGGUUUGUGCGCUAGAAUACCGACGCAGCAACGAGUCCAGUGUCCGCCCGGACGAGAGUUGGCUGACGGCUAUAAUCGAGCUGCUAUUUCCCAGCUUUAUCGGCAGGAACGAGGAACCCAAAGAGGAGGCCGGGUACUUUGGAUGUUUGGCGCCAGAUACGCGAGCGGCUUUGUAUCGAUUGCUGUAUCUCCUGGCAGAGGAUAGUAACAAGCUGCAGAGUGUAGCCGCGCUGUUUUUGAAGCUGCUGCCGUCAUCGCCUCAUGUGCUCCACGAGGGAUGGAACACGGACCGAUCGCGCUGGAUCAGGUCUGCGUCUGGCUACGCCGGUCUCCAGAAUCUGGCAAACACGUGCUACCUAAACUCGUUUGUCAACCAGCUGUACAUGAACACCGAGUUUCGAAGCUAUAUAUUUGGACUUGUCGGUGUCGAAGAAGAGGCGUCGAGCAGACGCGACCAUGGGUCGCAGGAUCUGAUUCCGGAAAUUGUGAGACUGUUUGCGUAUCUGCGGUAUGGAUGGAUGAAGGUGCUAGACACGCGAGGAUUCAUCCAGUCGAUCAGGAACUUUGAAAACGAUCCGAUCGAUUACACGGUGCAGAUGGAUGUGGACGAGUUUUACAAUCUUUUGUUUGACCGGUUGGAAUCGAAGAUAGCCGAGAAGGACAAGAAAGAGGCAAUCUCACAUUUCUACGGAGGCACGCUUCUGACUCAGAUCAAGUCGAAAGAGUGCGAGCACGUGUCUGAGCGCACCGAGCCAUUUUCCGCGAUCCAGUGCGAUAUCAAGGGCAAGCGAGAUUUGGAAAAGAGUCUGGAUGCGUUUGUCGAGGGAGAAACUAUGGACGGCGAGAAUAAGUACUGGUGCUCGCAGUGCUCGGCGCAUGUGGACGCGGAGAAGAGGAUUUGUCUGCAGGAAGUGCCGGACCAUUUGAUUUUCCAUUUGAAGCGAUUUGAUUUUGAUUUGGCUACGAUGCAGCGCAGUAAGAUCAACGACUACUUUGAGUUUCCGACUGAGCUUGAUAUUUCGCCGUAUAUGUUUUCGAGCCUGGCGAUUGAGUCGGCUGAUGAGAGCGAGGAGGAAAGACAGCAGCAGACGCCAGAUAAGUUCCGAAUUUCGGGGGUGCUGGUGCAUACGGGCACGGCUGAAUCGGGGCAUUAUUUUUCGUAUAUCCGCGACAAGGAAGGGUGGGUUGAGUUUAACGACGCGGAAACGAGUCGGUUUGAUGAAGCGCAGAUUGCGGAUAUGGCGUUCGGAGGGGUUGUUUCGAAUGUGAACGGCGAGCUUGUGGAGAAGCCGUUUUCGGCGUAUAUGCUGUUUUAUGAGCGGGUUGAGGGCAGGCCGGAUGAAGAGAAGGAGGCCAGACGAGAGAAGGCUGAGGAGGAGAUGCGCGGGUCAAGCUUGUACGCGAAGAUCAACGAGGAUAACAAGCGACUUGCGAUGAAGUGGAGUUUGUUUGGCGCAGAGCAUGUGCGAUUCGUGACAGCGACGUACGAGGAUCUGAGCGCGAAGAAAGCCGGUGAUCGGAGCGAAAUUCCGACGUGGGCGCCGCACGACCAGAUGAUGUUUGACACGUUUUUCCAGAUCGCGGUGCGGACGAAAGAGAGCGGACUGGCGACGGAGAUGGUGGGGAAGAUGCAAGAGAGCUGUGUUGCGUCCGAGCGGGCGAGCAUGGCGUUUCUGGCGUGGAUUUCGGAGAACGAGACUGCGAUGCGCGGGUUGCUGGUUCGGUGUCCGAGCGUCCAGAUCCGGCAGGAGGUGUCGCGGUUGAUCAAGACGUGCCUGGGCCGGCUCCAGGGCGGAGACGGGUAUGGGUCGUUGGAUUUGUGGACGAGGUCGUGCAGUGCUGGGUCGGAUGAGGAGGAAGAAGAAGAAGAUAGUCAGCGGUGGGUUGUGUUUUCGCUGGUGCGGCAAUUGUUUGAUGUUUUGCUUUGCCGAAACGAGUCUUCGUCAGCAGGACGGGGAAGUUGGGCGGAACUGAACAGUUUGCUGCUGGAUAUUAUUAUCAACACACCCGAGGACGAAGGAGCGGCGCUGUGUAUCUGCGCGGGAGGGUUGCAAGCGAGCAUAGCAGCGGUUUUCGACGGCCGGGAUGAUGUUGCAGGAAUCGCGCUGAUUGUGCAAGAGCUUUUGCAGAAGAUUGACUUGGCAAGAGUGCCGGUUGACAGUCUUGAGCAACGGUGUGAGGAGGUUGCGGGACGAUAUGAGGAGGAGAGAUCGGAGAUGCAGCUGCCGCUGGCGAGCACGGAGUACGAGCUGCUGUGCCGGGGGUACCGGAAGAUGAACAACCAGUUUGUGCAGUCGCUGCUAGAGCAGGAUGUGCCGGUUGAGGACGUGAUGAAGAUAGUGAGCGACUUUCUUGUGCGCGGGGGAGACGGGAGUCCGCUGAGCGAUAUCAGGAUCAUGUUUGGGACGGGCACGAGGGCGGUCGGGUCUGCGAGUGAUGCGGAGUCCGCGCGGCCGUUUUUGCAGUACCUGAUUCAGCUGAUGGUUGUGUAUCAGCCGACGUUGACGGAAUGCAAGAGGCUGUGCCAAAUCAUUCUUCCGAUGGACGCGAAGAGCGCGGAGGAAGAGGAAGAUGAAGAAGACGAGGAGGCGGAAGAGGAAGGAGAGAGCGGAGAUAGCGAGGCCGAGUUUGAGAUUGAAAGCACGGUAACUCGGAUCGGCGAGGCAUUGGCUGAGUUCAUCAGCGAGUGCAGUCUCGGGCGCGGCGGGGAAAACAUGCGUCGGGCGGUGUUUUUGAUGGCGCCAGGAUGGGCACCGGGGCUUGUGGUGCACUGGAACCGAGCCGUGCGAGGGGAGGUUGUGCGGGCGCUGGAGCGGCUUGUGUUUAGUGAGAUUGACAGCGAGCGACAACCGCAGAAGGAGCGGGAGCGGCAGGCGGUAGUUGCGCGGCUUGUGCGGUCGCUUGUGCGGUUCAGUGGGCGGCGAUGGCGGCAGGGCCGGAGACGGGAGGCGGAGGAGGUGCCGAUGCCGAUGCCGUUGGAUGGGCUGAACGCGGUGGUUGCGGGGUGUCAGGAGGUAGCGAGUAAGAGGGACGAGGCUACGAUUGGCCGGAUCGAUAUGCUCCGGCAGGCGGUGUCUAGGUUUGAGCUCGGGGCGGGAGAGAAUGGAGAGGAGGGGCGAGAAUGGACAUCAGGAGAAGAGAACAUGAUGGACGAAGACGUGGAGGAAGUAGCGAUCGAGAGCGAUGGGGAGAUAUAGUUGAUUGAGUACAUGAGGAGUUUUAAGAGUAUACUGAUGCAUUUUGUUUGUACUUUACUUUUGUUUGCGCAUUGAGCCAGCUAUGAGGAUUAAUACAGGAACACGGCGUAAUAGGGGUGAAUUAUCUUAAAGAUCAGCAAGAGCGUUGAGAGGAAGAUGAGUCGAGGAGGUGCGGUGCGAUUUGGUGGAGACGAUGCGCGUACGCUUUCUCUUCUUUCUUAGUCCAGUUCUCUCUUUCUGGUUUGUUUACUUACAAACAACCAUUAACAACAACAAUAACAAUAACAACAACAAUAACAACUAAUACAACCACAACUCCCUACACAUCUACAGUCGCCUCCCACACAGAGACCACAGCAGACACAGAUCGGCCCACAGCCGAGCGCUGCAGUAUUAAACUCUGUUCCGGAUUAGGUUUAAAGGUAGACUGCGGUUUAGGGCACCCCACGAAUUGCGGCUGCGCGUUUGUGGGCCCGGCCGCGCAGGGAUCCUGG